AUGGCCUGCCUCAACGACCACCCCAAUUUCAAGCACUACUGCAAGGUAUGCAAGAAGGGCUUCAUGUGUGGCCGCGCCCUCGGCGGCCACAUGCGCGCCCACGGCAUCGGCGACGAGAGCGGCAACCUUGACGACGACGACGACACCGCUAGCGAUUGGGAGGACAAAUUUGGGACCAACACUACCAAGCGAAUGUACCAAUUGCGAACCAACCCUAAUCGCCUCAAGAGCUGCAAGACAUGCGAGAAUUGCGGGAAAGAAUUUCUGUCUUGGAAAUCCUUCCUUGAGCACGGCAACGGCAAAUGCACCUCCGACGAUGCCUCUGAGUCGCUCGUGUCGUCCGAGGACGGAGACGAGGACGGUGGGAGCAGGCGCGGCGGCGGCACGUGGUCGAAGCGGAAGAGAUCGCUGAGGUCCCACACGACGACCAGCGAGGAGGAUGAUAUCCUCCUCGCCACCUGCCUCAUGCAGCUGGCGAACACAGUGGUGGAUCUUGAGCCGGAGGAGUCAUGUGCCUCCGCUAGCAAGGAGGAGGAGCGGCGGAACAGCCGGGCGGCGGCACUGGCUAAAGGGGUAUCGAGCCCCAGGGGCGUGUUCGAAUGCAAGGCGUGCAAAAAAGUAUUCAAUUCCCACCAAGCAUUGGGAGGGCACAGAGCAAGCCACAAAAAGGUGAAAGGGUGUUUUGCUGCGAAACAAGACGAACCAGACGAGGUGGCAAACAACGAUCAGGAUUUCUUCCCAUCUUCAAAACCGUCGUUCCAAAUGGAGCAGCAGCAGCAGCCGCUGGUGGGGGCGGCCAGGAGGAAGUCCAAGGUCCACGAAUGCUCCAUCUGUCACCGUGUGUUCAACUCUGGACAGGCACUAGGAGGACACAAGCGAUGCCACUGGAUCAUCUCAAACACGUCAGCAGAGACAUCAUCAUUACCAAAGUUUCAGUUCCAAGAUCAGGCCGCCGUUGGCAUCCGUGCUGAUAAGCUAGACCUAAACGUGCCAGCGUGGGCCCAAGUGAGGCGGGAGCAGCUCAGCUUUGACGUGUCGACAGACAUGCGCCUCCAGCCAUGGAUCGGAAGUCAGAAGGAAGUCAGUUACGUUGACGAUGAAGCGGAUAGCAAGUUAAAGUUGGCCAAAUUGUGCGAUUUAAACGAUAAAAAUGUGGCUUCGUCUCAAUGGUUGCAGGUAGGGAUUGGCUCUACUGCGACGCAACUUCCUCCUCCGACUCCUCCAGCUCCAGAUGCUUAGUUAUAAAUUAACCUAACAUGAUUUUUUGUAUAUUUUU